AUGGCCAAAGCAACAUACGCACCCUCCACCUUCUCCGAGACCUCGACCAUCUGCUCCUUUGAAAAGGAAUCCUUCGAAAAGGACCCCGCUGUGACAGUAGCAGCAGCAGCACCCGCCGUCAAGGAACGCCGCUCCCUCCGAUCAAGAGUCAAGAAGGCCCUCCGCGAGGUCGGAAACCCGCCCACCUACCGCUACGACCUCGAGCACGGCAUCGAGACCAAGAGAACGGUGCCCGUCGGCCCCAUGGGCUACAACGUUCUCAACCAGCCCUCGCGCAUGUAA